AUGUUGUUUAAGUCCCACAUAUCACUCAUGGAAACGAGAAAUUAGACAAUAUUAAAGUAUUAACAUUGCCUUUAAUAAUGAAGUGACUUACAUGGACAAGCAAAUGCAAUUAUUUGACGAUUUUCUAAUUUGUUUUUGUUUAAAACCGUUUGAAUACAUAAACAAUUGUUUUAUUUAACAUACGUUAACGAUGUCAUUAAGCAAUAAAAGCAGCAGCAUAAGCGAAAAAGAUAUCGACGAUGAAGAUAUGUUGGCACCCACCAAACUAUCAACAAAUCUUGUUGUUCGAGUAAAUCAAGAUUCCGAUGACAACUUGCAAGCCUUAUUCGACAGUGUAUUGAAUCCAGGUGACGCAAAGCUCCCAUUGCAGCUCCCAUUUCGUAUGCGUAAGCUUCCGAAUUCGUUUUUCAAUCCUCCUGCUCCCCUACAUUCUCGAGCAAAUAGUGCUGAUUCCACAUACGAUGGCUCUCAAACUAAUAUCAACAAGACUGUGCAGUCAGAAUUGCAGUCGCCCCUCUCACAGAAUCAGCAGCCAUCACAGAGUCGCCUUACAAUACAUCACUUUCGGGCAAGGAGCAGUCCAGCAUCUCUUCAGCAGAACUAUAAUGUGCGUUCAAGGAACGAAACAAGCGGAGUUGGAAACAGUGGAAACAAUCAGGGUCCAGGUCCUGCAUACCCCGAUAACAGUGUGGACUUUACCAAUAGUACGGCAAACAAUAUCGAUUUAGAUGUAAUCAAUACUUGCAUGGGACAAGGACAGGAGAAUCCAAUAUCAACACAAACCAUACAUAAAAAGCAGAGAUCAUAUGACGUUGUCAGUCCAAUUCAAUUGCAAAGUCAACUGGGAGCAUUGCCGCCGGGCUGGGAGCAAGCAAAAACAAAUGAUGGACAGAUUUAUUAUUUGAAUCAUACAACAAAAACUACGCAAUGGGAAGAUCCUAGAAUCCAGUUUCGCCAACAACAACGCGCUAUUGCUGAAAGGAUAAAGCCAAAUGAUAUAUUACAAAAUACAAAACAAACUAGCGCACCGACUAUUGCUAGCCACAUUGGCCCACUACCCGAUGGUUGGGAACAAGCUGUUACUGAGUCUGGAGACAUAUAUUUUAUAAAUCAUAUCGAUCGAACAACUUCGUGGAACGAUCCGAGAAUUCAAACUGGACUUAGUGGACUAGACUGCCCCGAUAAUUUAGUAUCGUCCCUUCAGAUUGGAGAUAAUAUUUGCAGCAAUAUUUUUAAUGAUGCCCAAACUAUCAUUACACCGUCUUCCCACAAACCUGAUGAUUUGGAAUGGUAUAAAAUAAAUUAAUACAUUUUUAUGUGUAAACCAUUUAAUUAGAUAUUAAAGUUUUAUAUUUUGUAUUAAAAAAUAAAUAUUUUUGCAUAUAUUUAA